CACCUUUGACAGGCCCUGCAGACGAAACUAUACUUUUCUCACAUAGAGACACCCGUUGCCAACCAUCUUUCAUGCCGAGAAGGGCGGAUUCGGGCGGGUCUCCCACUGUAUGGAACCUUGCGUCUUUGGGAGGCCGCUCAGCCGAGAAUCAUACCGCGGAGUCACGGCCCCUGACAAAUGCAGUCCUCUGCGCAGCCAAGCAGUUGCUGACCCCGCGGAGUCGGAUGCCCCUGUUGCUGUAGUUCCAGCUCAUUAACUUAUCAAACAAACAAAGUGCCCUAUAGCAGGUUGCGAAGCAUCCCACGCUGCUCGGACGGAAAGCCCAGGCAAGAACCGUCUUUUGUCCUCCUAGUUUAGUGUAUAAUAUAUGUCUGGGAUCCCAGGUCGCACGACGUGCGCUUUCCUGCGAGCCACGUUGGUUGCCUUUACGCCCUGUCCGACUCCCGCAUGCCGUGUCACUCGUUCGCCCAAUGCAGGACGACAUUACCGACUACCAAGUGGCCCAGGCGGCUGCAGCAUUUGUCCUUCUUUCCUUACUCCAAUUUCUUUACGCCUGGCGCGAGCCAAUAACAUCACUCUUCCGGUCGGUGAACAAUGACCGAGCAACAUGGCGCCUCUGGCCGGAUCCGUUCCAGUGCAGCUGUUGCCUGGUCGAGCUCUGUGUUGGGAUCUCCCUUGCGGUUCUCUUCGGGCUCGCCAGGGGGGGCCGUCUCGCACACACGCCGGAAAUCUUCCUCGCUUGGAAAGGCGUGCCCAUCCUAUCCGCUGAGAUUUUCCUGGUGAGAAGAAGCAGCCCUGUUACCCUGGGCCAGGACUGACACGCCGCAGAUCACCGUGGUGGCAUAUCCACUCCACAGCAAACUCGUCGGUAGCUGGCCGUGGCUGACCAGAUCCGUUCGCUUCGGCAUGUUCAUUCACAUCCUUUUCACCUCCUUAGGAAUCUGGGCACUGGCACAGCACGGCUCAGAGUUUGUAUGGGCCACACCAGCCACUCUUCAUAUCGUCAUCUUCUUGCUUGCUAUUUCGUGCCUUAUCCGGACACGAAUUUGUUCACGGCUCUGGGACGACGGCGAUCGUAUCAAACUCUUGCGUCUAGCUUGCUGGAUGACGGUCAAUAUCGUCGCUUCUAUAUUGCCGAUUGUAGGCGCUCUACAUGGGUGGGAGUCUCUUCAUCUGGUUCAGUGUUUUCUCUCUAUGGCGGUCGGCUUGGACUAUGUAUCGUGGAAAUGGUGGCAAGGAUGGCGGCGCAGGGAGCAUCACCUUGUUCUAUCUGAUUCGGUG